CUGGCUUCACCCCCAAUGUCAUGCAACACAAAGUUCCUCUUUGAUGGCAGCCACGGCUCUCCUGCACCCACUGCUUCCUGCCUGGCUUCCUCAUCCCCAGCCACAGCUGGGCAUUUCUUCACCAACAGGAACCUGCCUGGCCCAGAGCCUGGCAGAUGCAGGAUGCUGGCUCUGCUGCUGCUGCUGUCGCUGAUGUGGGCUGGGUCCCGAGAAGAGGAUCCAGGGUACCAACUCCGGGUGCAGGGGACGGUGACAGUGCAGGAGGGCCUGUGUGUACUGGUACCCUGCUCCUUCUCCUACCCCUCCAGAGUGUUCUCUUCCUCCGGAGAGUUCUUCAUCUCCUGGUUCAGAGACGGGAGCCACAAGGGCUAUGAAGAUCCUGUGGCCACAAACCAUCCACAUUAUCAAGUGAAGACGGAGACCAAGGGACGAUUCCACCUUGCUGGGAAAGUCCAGAGGAGAAACUGCUCUUUGAGCAUUACAGAUGCCAGCCUGGAGGACGAGGGAAGUUAUGUCUUCAGAAUAGAUACAAGGAAGACAACGUAUCUUUAUAGGGAUAAGAAGCUGAAUUUGCAAGUAACAGCUCUCACAGAGAAACCCAUCCUCCACAUUCCCGAGCCUCUGGAGUCCGGCCACCCCACGCGCCUGAGCUGCAGGCUGCCAGGAUCCUGCCAAGGGGGGCAACCCCUUACCUUCUCCUGGUUGGGGGACGCCCUCAACUCCACAGACCCCAGAAGCCUGAAUUCCUCAGUGCUCUUUCUCACCCCACGGUCCCAGGACCACAACACCAGCCUCACCUGCCGGGUGAAACUUGGAGGAUCUCAGGUGACCACGGAGAGGACCAUCAGGCUCAGGGUCUCCUAUGCUCUGAAAGACUUCAGCAUCAGUAUCUUCUUCCAUAAUGGACAGAUAACAGCUGUGAAGAUGCUGAGCAAUGGUACCUCCCCGUCUCUCCUGGAGGAACAGGCCCUGUGCCUAGUCUGCAGGCUUGAGAGCAACCCCCCUGCCAACCUGACCUGGACCUGGAAGAGAAAAGCCCUGUGUCCCAAACUGGUCUCUGGAUCAGGAGUCCUGGAGCUGUCCCAUGUCAGGGCUGAUGAUGGAGGGGGAUUCAUCUGCUAGGCUCAGCACCAACUGGGCUCCCAGCACUUUUUCUUGAACCUCUGAACCUCUCCUUCUUCUUGCAUCUGUAAGGCUGAGAAGCAGGAGGGCUCCUGGCCCUUGGUCCUCACCCUGAUCAGAGGGAGCCUCAUGGGGGCUGGCUUUCUGCUCACCUAUGGCCUCACCUGGAUCUACUACACCAGGUGA